AUGCCUGUCCACCACAUUCCCUCUCCGUUCGGCGAUCCGCCGCCGAAUCUACCCUCAUCGGACCUCCGUGAAACGGCCUACGAGAUCCUCUUAGCCGCAUGCCGGAGCUCAGCUCCGAAGCCGUUGACGUUCAUUUCGCAGUCGGACAAGGGAGUUUGGGAUCCGGCUGAUCCGGCUCCGGCGCCUUCGCUGCUCCGGUCGCGGACUUCGAUUGCGGCUAGUAAGGUGAAGAAGGCGUUGGGACUCAAAACUUCGUCGUUGAAGAAUAAGCGUCCGGUGACGACGGGGGAAGUUCUGAGAAUGCAGAUGAGAAUCUCUGAACAGAGUGAUAGUAGGAUUCGAAGAGCGCUUCUCAGAAUCGCUGCUGCACAGCUUGGAAGACGCAUGGAGUCGGUGGUUCUUCCGUUAGAGCUUAUACAACUGUUCAAGAAUUCAGAUUUCCCCAAUCAACAAGAGUAUGAAGCUUGGUUGAGAAGAAAUUUGAAAGUUCUUGAAGCCGGGCUCCUCUUGCAUCCUCACCUUCCAUUAGAUAAGGCAGACACAUCUGCGCAGAAACUCCAGCGCAUAAUUGGUGGAGCCAUUGAGAAACCUAUAAAUUUUACAAGUAGUGGUGAAUCAAUGCAAACCCUCCGGAGUGUUGUCAUGUCUCUUUCUUGCAGAUCAUUUGACGGGUCUGUUCCCGAGAUAUAUCAUUGGGCAGACGGGUUUCCACUGAACCUUUGGAUCUACCAAACUCUUUUAGAAGCCUGUUUUGAUGGUCACAUUGAAACCUGUGUUAUAGACGAGGUUGAUGAGGUCUUAGAGCUCAUUAAGAAGACCUGGCUUAUUCUUGGAAUCAAUGAAACCCUACAUAAUAUUUGUUUCACAUGGGUCUUAUUUCAUAGAUACGUUGUCACUCGCGAAGUAGAAAAUGAUCUGCUUUUUGCAUCCUGUAAUCUACUGGGGGAAGUUGAGAAAGAUACUAAGGCCAUGAAAGAUCCUUCUUACUCAAAAAUUUUGAGCUCCACAUUGAAUCUGAUGUUGGGUUGGGCAGAGAAAAGGCUCCUAGCCUACCAUGACACUUUCCAUAGUAGUAAUAUUGAAUCCAUGGAAAGCGUUGUAUCUCUUGCUGCACUAUCAGCAAAGAUAUUGGCAGAAGAUAUCUCUAAUGAGUAUAAUCGGAAGAAGAACCAAGCCGAUGUAGCCUGCACCAGAGUUGAAAAUUAUAUUAGAUCAUCAUUGCGUGCUGUUUUCACUCAGAAAGUGGAGAAAGUGGACCAUAGAAAACAUCCGUCUAGAAAACAGAACAGACCUUUUCCAAUUCUGUCAGUCCUCGCACGAGACAUUACUGAACUGGCUUUUGAGGAGAAAGACAUAUUUAGUCCUAAACUAAAGAGAUGGCAUCCUCUUGCUGCUGGUGUUGCUGUUGCUACCCUUCAUGUGUGUUAUGGAAAGGAGUUGAAGAAAUAUGUUAAAGGUAUCACCGAGUUGACACCUGAUGCUAUAGAAGUGUUGAUGGCUGCCGACAAGUUGGAGAAAGAGCUGGUGCAGAUAGCAGUGGAAGAUUCUGUUGAUAGUGAAGAUGGUGGGAAAUCCAUUAUAAUGGAGAUCCAACCUUAUGAGGCUGAAGCUAUAAUUGCUAAUCUUGUUAAGUCAUGGAUAAAUAUCAGAGUGGAUAGACUGGUGGAAUUGGUUGACAGAAUCAUGCAUCAAGAGGCAUGGAAUCCACAGGAAAUUAAAGAGGGAUUUGCUCCUUCUGCAGUUCAAGUUCUACGUUUCAUAGAUGACACUUUGGAAGCUUUCUUCCUGUUGCCCAUAUCCAUGCACGCAGCUUUACUUCCUGAAUUGAUAUCUGGUCUUGACAAAUCUAUCCAACAAUACAUUCUGAAAGCAAAAUCCGGCUGCGGGAACCGUAAUACAUUCAUCCCGACUUUGCCUGAUUUGACCAGGUGUUCAACAAAAGGAAAACAUCAUGGUGUAUUCCGCAAAAAAGAAAAGCCACAAAUGACUCAGAGGAAAACCCUUGUUAGAACCACGAGUGAUGAUAACUUGUUUGAUGUGCCCCGCCUGUGUGUUCGCAUUAAUACUAUGCAGCGUAUUCGCAUGGAAUUAGGGGUUCUGGAAAAGAGGAUAGUUGCCAAUCUUAGCAGCUCUAAUUCCACCAAUGAGGAUGAUAUAGCAAAUGGGGCGAGCUUCAAGCUUUCUGCAGUUGCUGCAGUGGAAGGUAUCCGUAAACUCUGCGAGUGUACAGCAUACAAAGCUAUUUUCCAAAAUCUAUGUCAUGUUCUUUGGGAUGGUCUAUAUGUUGGAGAAGUUUCAUCAGCCAGGAUUGAGCCUUUUCUUCAUGAGCUUGAGCAAUACUUAGAGAUCAUAUCAUCAACAGUGCAUGAUAAAGUUAGAACACGAGUAAUUAUUGAACUAAUGCGGGCUUCUUUCGAUGGGUUCCUGUUGGUUUUGUUGGCUGGAGGUUCAUCCCGUGCUUUCUCUUUGCAAGAUUCUAUUGUAAUAGAGGAAGAUUUCAAGCUUCUGAGUGACUUGUUCUGGUCAAAUGGGGAUGGCUUGCCAUCCGAAUUAAUCGAAAAACAUUCUGCAACCGUUCGAGGUGUAAUCCCCUUAUUUCACACGGAUACACAACAAAUAAUUCAGCAGUUUCUCCAACUUACUAAGGAAAUGUAUGGUUCUUCAGCAAAAUCGCGGCCUCCGUUGCCUCCAAAAGCAGAUCAAUGGAGGCCAAGAGAACCAGACACACUUCUGAGAGUUUUAUGUUACAGGAAUGAUGAAGCAGCAGCCAAGUUCCUUAAGAAGAAUUACAACUUGCCUACAAAAGUCUAA